CAGCGAAGCCGCGGCAUUCAAACUCCCGGAAGCGGCGUCGGAUUCGAAAAAGAAGCGAUCGCGUCGUUGUUCUGCUGGCUCUUCGUCUCCCUCAGCGGCGGAAGGAAAGAAGAGAGGCCGGUGCUCCUCGGCCGUUGCCGUUCCUGCGGCCCUCAGGCCAUGAACAGCCUCAGAACACCUAGAAUAUGACAUCUAAGGCCACCAAAGAAAUGACUACUUGUAUCAGCAAAUGGGGAUUAAAAUCUGGCAAUUCCAAGUCUGAAUCCGAGUUGCAAGUUUAUAAGAAAGAGAAUGCAGCCCUGAAAAAAUCUCUGGAAGAAAUCAUUAAGGGAAAAAGCAAAAUGACACCUGAAGAAAGGAAGAGGCUUCUAGAGAAAAUACUUGCCCUUCAAACCGAAACAGAAAAAUAUAAAAAUAUCCUUGGAGAACGAGAUCAUGAAAUCCAGCUCUUGAAAGACAAACUGAAGAGCGGAAAGCAAAAUAGUGACACUGCUAGUCUGCAUAGUCAACUGGAAGAGAAGUCAAAAGAAAUGGCUAAGAGGGAGCAGCUGCUAAAAUCUUUAUCCGAAGAGGUGAAUCGGCUGAACAGUCAGCUGUCUGCAGUUACUGCAAGAUAUUCAGACCUGGAAAACAGAGCUGGUAAUGUACAGGCUUCCCAGGAAAUGGUUGCAAGCUGCUCUGGAACCUCGGGAUAUGUAAAUGACAUUGGAAUGCAACUGAAAGAUGCCUUGGAUAAAAACCAGCAGUGGCUCCUAUAUGACCAGCAACGAGAAGUCUAUGUUCAGGGCCUUUUGGCAAGGAUCUUUGAACUGGAACAACAAGCAAAAGAAGCCAAACCUGAAGAAAAUAAGCAAAGAUACUAUGAACAGCUCUUAGCCACUGUCCGAAAUGAUCUACAGGCUGAAAGGCGUAAUGUUUCUCAGCUGCAUUCUGACCUGAAUGAAGUCAAAAGAAAGUAUGAUGAAGCCAAGCAGGAAGUGAUGAAUUUGAAUAGCCUACAGAAGCAGCACAAGCAGUUUGAUGUUAAGACGCUUCAAGAUGAAAACCACAUCAAAGGGCAGAUAAUACAGAGGCUUACACAUGAAAAUGAUGCUAUGCAAGAAAAACUAGACGAAGAAAGAAAACGGACACAAACUCUCUCGUCUCAGGUUGAAAUGCUGCACAGAUCUUUGAUAAAACAACAGGAAGAAAAUACAAGGAUGGCAACUUUGGAACAACAGAUCCAGGCAUGCACUUUAGACUUUGAGAACGAAAAGCUUGAUCGACACAACUUGCAGCAUCAAUUGAAUAAAGUCCUUAAAGAGCUGCGCAAGGCACGGGAGCAAAUUACACGUCUUGAGCCCUCAAAGCUUCCUGAACACGGAGAAUGUAUUGAAGUCAUCCAAAACUUCCAGACUGACUUUCAAGACAAGCUGACACUUCAAGACAAAUGUUCUUCACCAAAACGAUCCAAUCUUCUUGAUGAAAGUUUCCUGGAAUGCCCCAAAUGUAAAGCACAAUAUCCUACAAGCCAGCAUAGGGAAUUAUUAGCCCAUAUUGAUUUUUGUGCAGAUUAAAUACAAGGGCAAACCUUUAGGUAUGUCUUAUUAAACCAGGGUAUUCUAAUUAAAAAUAACGGCUUUUAAAAAAACAACGCACUUAAAUUCUGUAGGAUUACAGUUUAUGUUCCAGCUAAAACAUUGUGUUUUUAAUAGCACAGUGUUCUCGCCUCAACCAUGUUCUCCAGGGCAGUAAACAAUGUUGCUUCAGACAAACUAUCUUUAAUUCUAAACUACUGAUCAAAUUUGCACUAUCAGAUCCAAUAGAGAUCUUUAGUUUACUGUCUCCCAUUGCCCAUUACACCAUUCAAAUGUUCAACAUUACUCCAAACAUUCCUCUUUUCAGUCUUGAGGAUAACUCUCCUGUAUAUUGUUUGACUGUAUUAGUAUAUAUUGCUUUGUGCUAUGUGCCUAUAGAAAUACAUAUUGCCAUUUUCGUCUCUAAGAUGUAAAAAGAAAAAAAAUGUUUUAAAUGUAGGGUGAUCUGUGAAUAUGUAUGAGGGAAUAUUGGGAUGACCAAAGGCUAUAGUUGAAAAGUAGCCCAAACUGUGUGCAUAUCUAAAACAAAGGGGUGCGGCCUUAAAUAUUGAGCAUAAGAAUUUAACUGAGCAUAAGAACUCUUAGGACUCUUUCAGCCAGUUUGUUUGAAAUACACUCCUUUUUGCACAUUGUUGUCCCACUGCUAAAAGCUAGGGAUAUUAUUUAUCAGGGAGCCUGUAUAAGGGAAUGCUUUUUCUAAAAAUAAUAAAAUAUAAUUGGCUAUGCCAUCAA